GUCGUCUCUCUUCUCCGUUGACUCUGUACCAACCGGAAAAAAGAUCGAAACUUUCGGAGUUAACUCAGCAGAAAUGAGCUCGGUUUUGCAGGGUUUUACGAAGUCACUAGCCAUGACUUUUGUGUCGGAGAUUGGCGACAAGACGUUUUUCGCUGCAGCUAUUUUGGCGAUGCGUUAUCCUAGGAGACUUGUGUUGGCUGGUUGUGUAUCUGCUCUAAUUGUCAUGACUAUCCUCUCUGCUACUGUUGGAUGGGCUGCUCCUAAUCUGAUCUCUCGCAAAUGGACACAUCACAUAACAACGUUGUUGUUUUUUGGUUUUGGGCUGUGGUCUUUAUGGGACGGUUUUAAACAAGGAGGAGGGGGAUCUGAAGAGUUAGCUGAAGUUGAAGCAGAACUGAAUUCUGAUUUGAAGGCUAAUGGUAAAGCUAUAAAAGAUAACAGUAAGAGUGGAGAUGAAAACAAAAAGCAGAAAAGGCCUUUCCUCACACAGUUCUUCUCUCCAAUUUUUCUCAAGGCAUUUUCAAUUAAUUUCUUUGGUGAAUUUGGUGACAAGAGUCAGCUUGCUACAAUUGGUUUAGCCGCAGAUGAAAAUCCAUUCGGGGUGGUCCUUGGUGGUAUUGUGGCACAACUGUUGUGCACCACUGCUGCUGUGAUUGGAGGAAAGAGCUUAGCGUCUCAAAUAUCCGAACGAAUAGUUGCUCUUUCUGGUGGAAUGCUUUUCAUUAUCUUUGGCAUCCAAUCGUUUCUUAAUUCUGUUGAGACCUAAUGCUUCCCCCAAACCUUUCUUUCUGGUUUGUAGGGAGGAGCUGAAGCUGACGAUAAUGGUGAAGAAUGUUACUAUCUAUAGUUUAUUAGAUAUUUAAUCUUUAUACUAGAUGUCUACAGAUAAAACCUGAAAUAUUCUCUCCCGUGAAAUAUAUUAAAUUGGGCUGAAGCAGCCAUCUAGUAAGUUUUGGUACUCUGUGAUUUUGGUUAUUUAUCUGGCAUUCUAUAUGUGAAUACAUACGAA